CAUGUCAUUGAAAUUGUAUAUCGAUUGGUUGUCUUAACCUUCAAGAUUUGUUUCUAUUGUGUUAAAUAUACUAAAGGUUCCUCAUGAAGUAGUAGAGAUCAGAAUUGCAGAAGGAAAAUAACGAACCCCUGAAUAUGCUAAAAUAAAUCCAUAUAGAAAGGGUACAUCAUCAAUUAAUUUAUGUUUUUUAGUACCUGCUAUUGUAGAUAAAGAUGGAUUUCAACUUGCUGAAAGUCAUACUAUUGUCAAAUAUAUUAUAAAAUCAAGAAAUAUUAAGACUCCUUUAUAUCCUGAAGAUCCUUAGAAAUCAGCUAAGAUUGAUGAAUAUUUAGAUUAUCAUCAUUCAGGUACCAGAAAAUUAUCAUAAUACUUUUUCAAUUUGAUGGUGGCCCCAAAAUUAGGAAUAGAAACUACUGUUAAUUUAGAGUAAGCUAAAAAGGAAGCUAUACUCGCUUUAAAAUUUUUAGAUACAAGUAAAAAGUCUUAUAUUUAAUAAAGAAUUUUCAACUUAAGAUUACAUCUGUGGUAAUGAAAUAACUCUUGCUGAUUUAAGUGCUUAUUGUGAAAUCAUGUAAUUACACAUGGUUAAUUGGGAUUUUUCCAAAUAUCCUAACAUUUUAAGUUGGAUGUAAAGGGUUACAUAAAUAAAAGAAGUUAAUGCUGGACAUGAAGUUUUAUAAAAAAUAGUCUAGAAAAUAAGAAGCAAACCUAAGUUAUGAUA